GGUUCGCUUCCAGACAACCCCCCACCGCCGGCCCCGUGCCCGCCCUUCCUCCGCGCUCCGCGGCGGCGCGUCCCCGCCCCGGGGCUGGCGGGCGGAGAGGGGCGGAGGUUCCGCGGCGGUGGCGGCGCCGGGCGCGCUGCAGGGGCAGCCCGGCCGCCGCGGGGCCGCCAUGCCCGCCAAGUCCAAGUACAACCUGGUGGACGACCGGCACGACCUCCGCAUCCCCCUGCACAACGAAGACGCCUUCCAGCACGGCAUCUGCUUCGAGGCUAAGUACAUUGGGAGCCUGGAUGUGCCACGGCCAAACAGUCGGGUGGAGAUCGUGACAGCCAUGCGGCGGAUCAGGUAUGAGUUUAAAGCCAAGAAUAUAAAGAAAAAGAAAGUGAGUCUCAUCGUGUCGGUGGACGGCGUGAAGGUCAUUCUGAAGAAGAAGAAGAAGCUUCUUUCAUUGCAGAAAAAAGAAUGGGCCUGGGAUGAGAACAAAAUGCUCGUCAUGCACGAUCCCAUCUACAGGAUAUUCUAUGUGUCCCAUGACUCCCAGGACCUAAAGAUCUUCAGCUAUAUUGCCAGGGAUGGGUCUAGCAAUGUCUUCAGGUGCAAUGUCUUCAAAUCCAAGAAGAAGACCCAAGCUAUGCGCAUCGUCCGGACGGUGGGGCAGGCGUUCGAGGUCUGCCACAAGCUGAGCCUGCAGCACACCCAGCAAAACGCAGACGGGCAGGAGGACGGAGACAGUGAGAGGAACGGGGAUGACCUGGACAUCCCAGCCUGCCGCCUCGCCAGCACGGAGAGGGCGGCUACCUCUGCCGAGGAGACAGACAUCGAUGCCGUGGAGCUGCCGCUGCCUGGAGCCGACAUCCUCGACUUCAGCCGUGGGGUGACUGACCUCGACGCUGUGGGCAAGGAGGCGAGUGCCUAUGCUGACGCCAAGGGCUGCCUCCACCCUGAAGAUAUCCUGACAGCAUCGCCCAAGAUGCUGCUGCCCUCCUCUGCCCAGCUGCCUGACCUGGGAACACCCCUUUCUGCCCACCAUCAAAUGCAGCUUCUCCAGCAGCUCCUGCAGCAGCAGCAGCAGCAGACGCAAGUUGCUGUGGCACAGGUUCACUUGCUGAAGGACCAGCUGGCCGCAGAGGCAGCAGCGCGGCUGGAGGCCCAGGCUCGCGUGCACCAGCUCCUGCUCCAGAACAAGGACUUGCUGCAGCACAUCUCACUCCUGGUCAAACAAGUGCAGGAGCUGGAGCUGAAGCUGGCAGGAAACAACACCACAGGCUCCCAGGACAGUCUGCUGGAGAUCACCUUCCGCUCCAAUGUCCUCCCCGUCCUCUGCGACCCGACCACCCCACAGCCCGAGGACACCCACCCACCGCCGCUGGGCCCUGGCUCGGGCUUCCCCAGUGCCCUGGGCAGCCCCAUAGGUAGGAACGACUGUCUGGUGAAGCUGGAGUGCUACCGCUUUCUGCCGGGCUCGGGGACGCCUGCCCCGGAGCCAGCACUGGGCAGCCUGGAGCUCAUCAAAUUCCGCGAGUCGGGUAUCGCUUCCGAGUACGAGUCCAACACGGACGAGAGCGAGGAGCGCGACUCCUGGUCCCAGGAGGAACCGCUGCGCCUGCUCCAUGUCCAGCCCAGGCAGGACCUGGGUGACAGCUUGGAGGAUGAGAUCGCGGUGUAGGGGUCUGCAGGAGGUGGUGCGGAGCAGUGGGGACCCGCGGGAGCUGGGGUGGACCUGGACCAUAGCCUCCUGUCGCUGGCAGGGACGGGACAGCCCGGAGGGAGAGGGGGUGGAAGGCGGAGCACAAGGCUUCCAGCACACGGCUGGGAGGUGUGCGGAGGUGAGGAUGGAGCCAUGCUGAGGGGGUGCGCCGGGCAUGCUGUGCUCCAGCAUGCAUGGGCUUGUGUGCUGAGCUGGAGCAUCCCCGCUUUGCAUUGCACAGAGAGCUGACAGCUGGUUGUGCUAUCCCCUGGUCCCCAUCCCCCUGCAAGCUGUGUUUCGAGGUCAGGCAGAAGCAAAGGACCUCUCUGGAUGCUGCCAGAGCAGCCAGCGCUGCUGGCGCUGCUGAAGGCGGAGAGCAGUAAAGCAAAUGAAGGUUUUUGCUGGGGGAAUGAGAGAGCAGGCAUGGGGCAGUGAGCGGAGAUGAGAGGGACGGAGGAGGCAGGGCUGGGGCAGUGAGUAGGGACAGAGUGGCUGGCAGGGGGUCUGGCGCUCUGCAUGGUGGAGAUGGUGGGAGAUGUGGCCAGGGCUGUGGUAGCGGGGUGGUUAGGGGUGGUGACAAUGCAAUGUCGGCAUGGGUGUGCAAGAGGGGAGGCAGCGGGGGACAGUGGGGAUGAGCCUGGGAAGGAGCUGAAGGGGUGAGACAAGGUUGCACAGGGUGGCCAGGCACAGGCAGCUCCUGGCAAGGUGGUUGGUAUUUGUGGCACUUCCAGGGCAGAGUUUGUCCCUGCCUGAGGCAGAUGGAGGGUGUGCAGGCACUGCCUGCUCCUCUCCCAGGCUGCAGUGUGGAGAGGAAAGCAUGGCUUGGCAUGGAGCAGGGAGCCAGGGCAUGCAGCACUGGGAAGUGGAGUGUCCUUCCCCUCAUUGUCCAGUCCUUGGGCUCCUUGGCAUGGCUUCCAGGUUUCAAAGCCUUUCUGGUGCUCUCAAGUCAUGUUUUCAGGCGCUUUCAUGCACCCCCCGUCACCACAACUCCCUGCUUUGCUUUAUAGACAAACCCUACCAUUUCCAAGCAGUCAUUUGGCCCUGGACCAGGGCUUGGGGAGUGAAGUGCUGUCAUCAGCCAUGUGCAGGGAUGGCCAUGCUUGCUGCCCUCGAUGGGGAGCGAACUGCUGGUGUCUGCAGGUGGGCUCCUUCACGUCUCUGGUUUGCAGCCUCCAGAAAAGUGCAUCCAAGAUCUCAGGAUCCCCCACCAGACCCUGAGACGCCCAUGGCUGAGCUAUCUGUGUGGGCCUCCAAGGGAUCCAGAGCUUGUCUUUUUUCUGCAAGCACAUUUAUCAGCUGCCUGUUGUUGCAGCCUCUAAGAGGCCACAGCUGAAGGGGUGUGAGCCAGAGUCAUGAUGUCCCCCCUGCUUCCGUGGAAACACUCAAUGAGGUGGGGAUUGGCACAGUUGUCCUCCUCCCUGUCCACCUCCCUAUCCUGCUUCUGCUUCACUUUGUUGCUUCCCUGCUGCUCUCACCUUCACCAGCUCUGUUUCUGCUAGAUCUGCCUGCACCUAACCCCUAGUGGAGCAUCUCCCGGGCAUAAGCUCUUGCUCUUCUCCAGGGCUUAGCCCUGCUGCUGAGGAAGGUCCAUAGCUUCUUUCUGCCCCUGUCCCCUUGGACCUGAGGGCUGCUGAGGACAGAGUUGUGGGUGAGACCCCCAGAGUCGGUAUGAGCUGUGCUAUGCACCCUCUGCCACAGGAGGAAGCUGGAUGCUGUGAAGAGCUAGAGAGUUCUAGUGGGAAGGAAGGCCAUGUUUGAGUGUCGCCAGCAGUGGCCUGCUGUCCAGGGGAGCCCCUACACCAGGCAAAGUGGGAGCAGGUGCUGGUUGGGACCCGGCUACUCCUGUCCUCUGGCCACCAAUAUGUCCAUAUAGGUCCCAUACUGCUCUGGGCAGAGCCGUGUGCAAGCUCUUCUACUGGGAGAGGCCCUGACAUCCCACUGCCAGCUCACAGCAGUUGGAGGUGAGGGCACGGGGUGGGGGGCUUGUGCUUCCAGGAGGGAGAGAUGGGGAUGGCAGCAUGUGCAGGACAUGGCACAGGCAGGGUAAGGAUGCGUGUGUGAGCUCAGAGAGGGAUUUCCAUGUAGGCAGACAGAUCGUGCAGGAGAGGGGACGGCAGGAGCUUGGCCAUACGCACAGAGCAGAGGAAGGGAGAGCCCAGGAGGAGCAGCAGCAGGCAAGGAGGUCUCCUCCAAGCUGGGCUGCCUCAGAAAGCAGGCGGGGCUGAGCCAUCUCCCCAUGCCAUCACUCCUGCCUGUCCCUGCUGCACACGCACAGCCCAGGCAGUGCCCAGUCACAAGCUGUGGGAACCAGCUGCAGGCUCAGGCUGCUGCCCAGCGCUCUGCCCACAGGGGAUCGUGGUGGGUGCCCCGUGGGCUGGAGGGGUGCUGCUGGAGCCAGGUGGGACCCUGCCAGUGUCCUGCCACACUGCAGGUGUAUACGUGUAAAUGAUCGUCCUCCUACCUCAGCGCUGCCUCCAAGAUGCCUCUCUGGCCUCUCACUUUUGUUAUGGACCUUGACUGGGGUUUUAUAGCGAUAGUUUUUGUCUUUUCUUUUCCUACAACUGUCGUGUUACUAACUGUUGACUCAGUCUAUCUGGGAAACCAAUCUGUCAAUGUAAGUGCACUUAACCGUUGGGUGUUGUCAUUACUCGACUGGCUUUUGCUAAAUAAAUCUUUCUAUUUCUCAA